GCCACCGUUUAUAUUUCAUAAAAUUUAUAAAUUAUUCGAUAUUUCUUAUUCAUAUAAAAAUGAAAUUAUAUUCUUAUACCUUAAAUUUUUCUAAAUUACGACUGCUAAAAAAUACAAAGCUUUCUUCAUUAGUUACUUGUAAACAUCGAUUUUUUUCAAAAGAAAAUGAAAAUGAUUUAGAUAUUCCAAUGAAUUAUCAUGAUGUACCUAGUCAAAAUAUUAGAAACUUUAGUAUAAUUGCCCAUGUUGAUCAUGGUAAAAGCACACUCGCUGAUAGGAUUUUAGAAAUAACUAACACCAUUAACAUUGAAGAUGGAAAAGCACAAAUUUUAGAUAGACUUCAAGUAGAAAAAGAAAGAGGCAUUACUGUCAAAGCUCAAACGGCAUCAUUAUUUUAUAAAAGCAAAACAAAUGAUCAGUUAUAUUUAUUAAAUUUAAUUGAUACACCAGGACAUGUAGACUUCUCAAAUGAAGUAUCUAGGUCUUUAUCAGCAUGUCAAGGUGUUGUACUACUUGUUGAUGCUAAUCAAGGAGUACAAGCUCAAACAGUCGCUAAUUUCUACUUAGCAUUUUGCCAAAAUUUAGUUAUUAUUCCUGUAUUGAAUAAGGUUGAUUUAAAAAAUGCCAAUCCAAAAAAAGUAGAAGAGCAAUUACAAGGUUUAUUUGAAAUCAAACCAGAAACAGUUCUCAAAAUAUCAGCAAAACAUGGAACAGGAGUUGAUAAUUUAUUAGAAGCAAUAGUUUCAAGAUUGCCUGCUCCAAUAACUGAUCGUGAAGCAUCUUUUAAAGCUUUAAUAUUUGAUAGCUGGUUUGAUAAAUAUCGUGGUGCUGUAAUUAUGAUUUUUGUACAAAAUGGGAGUGUAAAAGAAGGUGAUGUCAUUGUAUCAGUUCAUUCACAAAUAACUUAUCCAGUUAAAAAUGUUGGAAUUCUUCGACCUACAGAACAUAUUACUGGCACACUAGUUGGUGGUCAAGUAGGAUUUUUAACAUGUAACAUGAGAUCAGCAAAAGAAGCUUGCAUUGGUGAUACAUUGCAUCUUAAAGAUAAACCUGUUGAACCAUUCCCAGGAUUUAAGCCAGCACAGCCAAUGGUUUUUGCUGGACUAUUUCCUAUUGAUCAAUCUAUGCAUGGUGAAAUGAAAAAUGCUUUAGAACGGUUAACAUUAAAUGAUUCUGCUGUGAGCGUUGCUACAGAAUCUAGUGCUGCAUUAGGUCUUGGUUGGCGAUUAGGGUUUUUAGGCUUAUUACAUUUGGAUGUAUUUAGUCAACGUUUAGAACAAGAAUAUAAUGCUCAAGCAGUGAUGACAGCUCCUAGUGUUACUUAUAAAGCAAGGGUAAAUUCAAAAAAAAUCAUUGAUAAGUAUGGAAGCAAUGAAUUCUUUUUUUCAAAUCCAGUAGAUUUUCCUGACCCAACUUAUAUUGAAGCUCUUUUUGAACCUAUUAUUUUGGGAACUAUCAUAACACCAGAUCAAUACUUAGGAGAUGUGUUAUCAUUGUGUAUGGACAAACGAGGCAUUCAAAAAUCUUCAACCAAUAUUGAUGAUACAAGAAUUCUUUUACAAUGUUAUUUACCAUUAAAUGAAAUUGUAGUUGAUUUUCAUGACACCUUAAAAUCUCUGACAUCAGGAUUUGGUAGUUUUGAUUAUGAAGAUCAUGGAUAUCAAGAGUCAUAUUUAACGAAAAUAGAUAUUUUACUUAAUGGAAAUGUUGUUGAAGAACUUGGCAUGAUUGCUCAUGCUAGUAAAGCUGUAAAUCUUGGAAGACGAAUAGUGUUGAAGUUAGUAGAAUUGAUUCCUAGACAACAGUUUCAAAUAGCAAUCCAAGCUGCAGUUAAAGGAAAAGUAAUUGCUAGAGAAAAUAUCAAACCAUUUCGCAAAGAUGUGACAUCGAAACUGUGUGGAAAACGAGGUGGAGAUAUUACUCGAAAAAUGAAAUUAUUAAAACAACAAUCUGAAGCUAAAAAAAAAAUGAAAAUGGUUGGCAAUAUUGAAAUACCACGUGAUACAUUUAUCAACGUUCUUAAAAGAUAAAAACUUGUUUUAAAUAAUUAUUUGCGUUUGUUAAACACUAUUUUGUUAUUCAAUAAAAAUGUUAAGUGAAU